CGGUGGAAAGUCUAUUACUGCAGAAAAACAACAGAGGAAUACAAAUGGCAACAAGGUUUAAAGAAAAUCCUGAUUUUGCAGCCAAAACUAAAGCUUUUUUAUCAAUGGCAUCAGCUGGGAAUGUUAACCUGCCAAGAUAUGAGGCAAAAAAUACAAGCUUGCAGUCACAAAAACAUGGAACUCAAAAUGAAGCUCUUAUAGAGACUUCUGCUCAGCCACAUACAUUAAACAAGGAGCCAGGAAAAGAUGCAUUCUGUUGGGUAUGUCAUAGAGAUAAAGUUUCUACCAACUGUCAAAUGUGUGCUCGUGGGUAUCAUUUACAAUGUAUGCCAAAUCGACAACUGUCAGACAGUUGGGUCUGUCCAGAGUGUUGUACUAUAAUGGUUGCAGAGGAAACUGACACUCGUUCUCCGGCUCUUAACCUUCUGACCAUCCCUGAAUUUUGUGUCUUGUUGAAGCAUAUUGUGCAGAGGAUAAAGGGUAUUGCUUUGCAGCCUUUCUUGCACCCAGUUUCUCAUCAGGAGUUUCCAGAUUAUUAUCAGUAUAUUGUUCAUCCCAUGGAUUUAAGUAUUUUGGAAAAGAAAGUGAAAGAAAAAUGUUAUGGUUGUACAGAAUCAUUUAUAGCUGACACAAAGUGGCUUGUACAUAACAGCAUAAUCUACAAUGGGCCUCAGCAUCCUCUUACUGCAAAUGCAAAGUCUAUUGUGAAGCAAGUUAAAAGAGAAGUAAGUGAAAUUGAAGUCUGUCCUGAUUGCUACAGUCAUUCCUGUUCUCUGAAGGAUGAUUGGUUCAUUGAACCAUGUAGAAUGUCACACACUUUGAUAUAUGCCAAGUUAAAAGGUUAUCCUUUCUGGCCAGCAAAGGCUGCAAGGGUCCUAAAUGGCUUUAUUGAUGCCAGAUUUUUUGGUGCUCAUGACAGAGCAUGGAUCCCAAUUGAUAAGUGCUAUUUAGUUUCCAAAGAUCCUCCAACUCCCCUCAAAAAGAAAAAUAUGGCUCUUCAGCGUUCAAUGGAAGAGCUGCAGGCACACUUGGGUAGGCUUCAGAAGAAAAAUAUUCCUUUUAGUUAUGCUCCAUACAAGACAGUAGUAGAUCCAGAGAAAAUUGUCACAUUAUCCAAGUCAAGUGAAAAAGAUGAAAGUUUUGAAAAGAAAAGGAGUCAGCUAAUAAAGCAAGGAAAGAUUGAAAUCAAAGAGGAGGAAAAUAGAAUAAGACGAACUUCUACUACUAGUAACAGUUCAGAAAAAAGUUCAGGGAAGAAACGAGGGCGUUCUAAAAGGUACUUAGAGCAGUCAAAAAAGAGUACUGUGUCUAAAAAACUUAAAGAAGAGCCUCACCCUGGUAGUGAAACUAUCAGUUUAACUGAAAAUGACAGUAACAAAAAUUGUACAUCUUUUCAAAAUGGACAAAAUAGCUCUCUAAUUGAAAAAAGUACGUCAACAAAGACUGAAAUAGAAAAUAAACAAAAUCAAGGUACUUUGGAUGGAUUGCAUUCUGGUGAUGAUGAUGAUGAGCUAGCGGAAGACAAACUUAUAAUAGAUGAAGAUCAUACCAGUGAGGCAAAUACUAAGGAGUUGGAAGUGGUUAGUCAAGUGGAAUUGAAUGGAGAAAAAAUAGAAAUAAAAUCAUCUAAAAUGCAUUCCACACAGUUAGACAACAAAAGGCCAGAAGAACUCAAAGUACAAGAAAAAUCAAAUAAUAGAGGUGCUAAAAAUGAUUGUGCCUCAAAUUUGACAGAAAAGACUGUUCAAAGACAGGAAAAUAAUGAUAGAUUAGUAAAUGUAACAAAAGCUGAGGAGAUAGAACAAAACUACAAAAAAGAAUCGGGACUUGAUGGCAUUAAUACUAAAGUUGAAAGAGGAAAAUUAGGAACAACGUUUUCCUCAACACAAGGAGCAACAGAGAUACUGCAUAUUGAUACAAAAUCACAAAGCAGUGUUGUUUCAAAAGAUACCACAUGGGAAGAGAGUAGGAUUCUAGAGGUGCUUGGAAAAAAAGGACUCAAAUAUACCCUCCUCAGAGCCUUGAAUUUAUCAACUGAAAUACACACUGCAAAUGGAAAUAACUGAAAAAAGAAAAUAAAGUAGAAAUUAAGGUCACUGUUGGAAAAAGCUGAACAAGUAGACAGCCUGACAAAACGUGUCAGCUUUCUAGAACAGGAAAUACAGAAGUUGAGAUGGCUACAUGAUCAAGAAAUUGCUGAAAUGAAGCACA